AUGAUCCAAGCUAACCAUAAACCGCUGGUCAACGUGCUGCCGCGUCAAGAAAUGGCUCACAUGCCAAACGUCGGCAUCGGCCAAGUGCUGCUGGAAGAGUCGGUUCAUGUACGACAGGGCUAUGAUCAUCGCGAGAACCCGACCCACAUGAGUGUGCUUACUUCGUGGUUUUACAGUGGCUGCUAUUUCGGACUGGCACGCGAGAACACAGCAUGGACGUAUCUUCGGGAUGCCACAACGCAGGCGCAGCUGCUAGGCAUGCAUGACGAGGAAACGUACAAGCAUGACCCUCUGGAUACAUCAAGGAAACGAGUCUUGUACUGGCUUCUUUUCAUAGCUGAAAGGACUUAUGCGUUGCACAAACACCGCCCAAUCUCCUUGUAUCCAACCAUAUAUCCGCCUUUGCUGGACGAGGUACCUUCCGAUCGACCUAUCGCUGUUGGACUCGAAGUCAUGAUCAAUAUGUUCAAGAUUAUUGACGACACUUUCAUCAACCUUUGGAAUCGAGUGCACAACACGCAUGCAAGUGCUGCAUGGAUUACACAGGUGCAAACCCAGCUCUCAGAAGCCGUCCCAGCACAUCUCGAGUGUACUGAAGUCCAGGGAAUACAGAUUCGCAUAACUCAACAAUGGUUGCGGUCACAGGCAUGGCAGCUGAGUGUCUGCCAGGGCCUAGUGAGCAGUGUCUCAAAUGACAAUUCCCUUACGUAUAAGUAUCCAAUCGAGAUAGCCAGAGACCUUCUUACGCAGACUGGUCAUCAAUCAACUUGA